CCAUGUAAUGUAGCAGAAGAAUAGACCUCUGCAGGAAGUAAAAUACAAUCAACAGUGAAUGAGGAGUGGCAGUGUGUGUUUUCACCACAAUAAUACCCCUCCCCACACACACACCCUUUACCCAGACUUCCUGUUCAACACACAGCACUCACCAUCAGGACGUGAACCCUCAGCCUGCUGGACCUGCUGCCCUGAGCUCCUGAUGUGGACUGCUGGACGUGAUGGUGGGUGAAGUUAGGAUGGCGGGUGUGAAAGUUUACCUGUGUUCUAAUCCAGAAGACUCUGUGGUGGAGAGGAAGUAUCUGAGAGAGAAUAUAUUCCCUAAACUGAGGGAUCACUGCAGGAGGACGUAUGGAGUCGAUUUCAGGGUUAUUGACCCCUAUGAAAGGGUGGACUCAGCCAACUGGCCUACACAGGAGGAGCGACGGCUGUUUAUUGAAGAGUGCAGGGAGAAUUCACUCGGGCCUUUCUUUGUGGCUCUGGUGGGUGAGCAGUAUGGGACGGUGGGUUUACCUGAGCAGGUGGAUCUCUGUGAGUUCAUGCUGUUACUGCAGAUGUGCCAGAACCUGGGCUUCAGCUGUGUCACUCUGGAGAAAUUAUACCGCAGAGACGAGAACACCAUACCUCCCAAAUACUGUCUCAUCAGACUGGAAGUGGAAGACAGUGGCAGGCAUGCUGAUUUAGAAAAGGCGAGGAUGAUGAUGCAGUACGCUGUGACUGAGUGUGUUCAGCAGGGAGAUAUUAAACCAGAAGAAGCUCAGAAAUAUUGCACAUCGGAUCUUGAGAAGGACCUCUGCUUUGCACUGAAAGGCCGCUCUAGGGCAGAUAUUAAAAGAUGUCUUUGUUACGUCAACAAGCCCUUUAAAACACCUGACCGGAGGAAGACAGACGAUAAACCACCCACAGAUUACCAGACAACAUCAGUCGCUCUAAAGGAGCUACGGGAAGACUUCCUGCCAAACCUGGUCCAAUCACACAAGGCCCUGGUGUACACCACCAUUUCAACCACCACCAUGGAGCUCAGCGGAGAACAGAGCUACGCUGAGGAGUUAAGCCAUCAGCUCUAUUCAGAUCUGAAGCAGCUUAUCGACCAAUCUGUUGAGAAGAAUGAAGAUCAAACCCAGGGAUUCUUCUCUCAGCAGAGAGAACUGUGUGAUAUCUUUUCUCGGCUCUAUAAAAUCGAACGAGACGAGGUCACGCAUGUCAGAGCUUAUCUGGAGCAGGACACUAAUCGGCCUUUAGUUCUGGUUGGUGGGCCGUGCACAGGCAAAAGUGUGUUUCUGGCCCACUGUGCAAAUCAGAUCAAAACAUGGAUGAAGGAUCAGGACCCUGUGGUCAUCGUGCAGUUUACAGAUUCGAACACCUCUUUGAAACAAAGUCUUCUCAGCAUGUGCCAUCAAAUCGCUUCAAGCUACAAUCUUCAAUACAACACCCAUCCCAAAAACAUUUUCAAAUUAAAAGAAACUUUUAGCGAACUCCUGUCUAUAAUUGCUGAGUCCUCAAAGCCUCUGAUCCUGAUUAUAGAUGGAUUUGACCAAAUGCCAAAUGGACCAGUAGACAUGACCUGGCUUCCCAAGACUUUACCUUCUAACGUAAAGCUAAUAAUGUCGUCCACACCUAUGAAGUCUGGGUUUCUCUCUGCAAUCAAGAGUCAUUACUCAGAAUCAACCUUGUUCUUUGACCUAGAGCCGUUAGAUAGUAAGAGUUGUAACCAGAUGCUGACAACUCUGCUCUUGGCAGCCAAUAGGAGGAUAACAUCAGGUCAGCAAAUGUAUGUAAAUCAAGCCUUUAAGGAAUGUUCUCUCCCCUUGUAUGUGGAGCUCUUGUUCAGACAAGUGAGGUGCUGGGGCUCAGAGUUGGAGAUUACCCCUGAUACAUUGGUCCCAGGGGUCCAUGCCAACAUUGAGCUGUUCUUAGAUCACCUUGAGGAAAAACAUGGAAAAGUGUUGAUCAGUAGAGCUCUGCAGUAUCUCUCCUUGUCAAGGCAUGGCUUGACCGAAGCUGAGCUGACUGAUAUACUCUCUUGUGAUGAUGAGGUUCUGUCUGAUUUCCUCCCACUCGACAAUGAUGUUCCUUAUAAAUCAAGAGUUCCAGAAAUUGCUGUGGAAGCAGUACUCCUAGACCUGAAGGGAUUCAUGAUUCCUAGGAACACUUUAGGAACCUUGUUCUGGGCCAGCAGACACUUCAACUUGGUAAUCAAUAAAAGGUACUUGUCUUCAAAUGAGCAACAGAGCAUGUAUUCAUUGUUGGCAAACUACUUUAGUGGCCGAUGGGCUGGCGGCACAGCUAAGCCAUUAACCUUCACUGCAAGCCAUGGCUCAAAAAUGUCAGACUCCAUCACUGUGCAAAAAGCCAUGCCAAAGAAGAUGUAUAGCAAUAGGCAAGUUCCUGGCCAACCCUGGAUGUUUCAACCCUUGGCCGCCGCUCUGUGCAAUUCAGGUUUGUCUAAAAGUGCUCAUCCCAACUUAAGAAAAUUGCAGGAGUUGCCUUUUCACCUGAUGCAGAGUGGCAGUUUUGAGGAGCUUGGACGCAUGAUGCUCUCACAAGAGUUCCUUGAUGCAAUGUUCCAAGCAGGGUUGGAAGAGGAAUUGGUGUUUUGGAUUGAGGAGGCAUCUCGGAACAGAUUUCCUAGGGCACUUAGACUUCUUGCUACCUUCCUGAAAACCUCAGACUGUUGGAUGAAAGACUGCACUGCAGACUUGGUAUUGGUAAUGCAGGCUCACCUAUUCCCCUUUGUGAAUGUGUUCCCUAAGCUAGGGCAGUUUGUCAACCAGACAAUAAAUGAUGGUAAAACGAGACGCUCUGGGGUGUCUACGAUAUUAUCCCCAUCACCCUCUGUUCCUGCCACUCAUUGGGAACUACCAUCAGCCAAGGUCUCUCCAUUUGUGAAGGUAGAUCUAGCUCAGUCUGAGUCUGCUGUAGUGAUUCAAGACAAUGGUUCAGCUUGGGUAUGGAAUGGAAGCGAUUCUGAAGGCUUCAAUCUCUCGCAGUCAUCCGAAUUAAAGUUUGCAGAUGUUAGAUGUGCUGCAAAUGUUUUCAUGCUCUUGACGCAAAGUGGCAAACUCCUUUUGUGGGAUGUUAAUGCUCCAAGCUCAUACUUUCAAGAAGUUCAGACCCAUCAGGAGGAACAAGGCCAAGAGAGCACUCUUCAGAGCAUUGACGGCAUCUUAGUGUCCAAUCGCAGGAUCUUUGCAUUUUCUAGGGGAAGAAGUUUUGUCCAGGUUUUUGAAGAGAGAAGGGAAGUUGCUCCACUCCAGUGUUCUUCUUUUGUAACAUGCAUGUCCUGUUCUGUGGAUGGAUACAUGAUUUGCUGUGGUCAGAAUGAUGGUACUCUAAGUAUAUUUGACUCCCAGAGUGGACUUCCAUUGACCUCUUUCAUUUGCUCUAAAGGAAUGCCUUUGUUUGACCUUAUCCUCAACGAGAACGAAGAGGCAAUAUCAGGUGUUGACUGUACAGGAAGUGUGUUCGUGUGGGACAUUAGGAUUCCAACCAUUCCAGAACUCAUUAAAGAGAGUCUCAGCUCUAGCAAAGAAGACAUCUUAAAUACAGAUCACUCUGAGGAAGGUCUUCUUCUCAUCUGUAAAAGACAACGGAUCCAAAUAGUUGACAUACUUCUGUUGGACAUUGAAGACCAAUUCAAUGCUCCAAGGGGCAAAACUUUCAUUCAAGCCAUUUUAGAUCCAGAGACACACUUCAUCAUAGCUUUGGUGAAGGACUGCUCAUUUCUUUUGGUCUGGAACUUGUUUUCAGGUCAGUGUGUGUUAAGCCUAGACUUUGGAAGCACUGAAGCUUUUAAACUGAUGAAGCCCAAGGAAUGUCCUAACCUUACGGUCGUCACAAGCACAGGCAUUACUAAUUGGGACAUGGACCUAGUUUCAGUGGCAGCUUCCACACCAAAAUCAGGCAGGGAAGUUUUAAAGGUCAUUGUUGGACCAAAAGGAGGACUCUUCUAUACAUCAGAUGGUUCUGAGCUGGUGUGGAGGUGGACAGUUUUUGAUUGGGAAGUGAAGAGCCACUUGCUUCAUCAUGGUCCUGUUGAAGACAUGGCUCUUUCAGUGGAUGGAAAUCUCCUUUUGACCAUUGCCUCAGGUAACAUCUACGUCUGGAACACCAGUACAAAUGCAAACAUUCACAGAAUCCAAGAUAGCCAAGCAGCUCGGCUCUUGUUACCCCCAAAAGGCAACUCUGCAGUGUCUCUUUCAGAAACUGGUCUAUCAAGAGUAUGGAACUUGUGCACUGGAUUAGUCGUCUGCAGCAUCCAUCAUCAUCUCAGAGAUGCCGUCAUCUCACCAGAGAGGACCUUUCUCAUGGGCAUCAACAAAGGGGAUCUUCUUGCUGUCAGUCUUUGGUCUGGUUACAUCAGCAAGCAAUUCUCCAGUUCUGAAUGGUCUGAAGUUGUCGCCUUCUUCCCACUGAUAGACCAUCCAGACUGUGUGAUGGUAAUUACGAGUUCAGGAGCUUUGUACUCUUGGAGACUAACGGAAGACACUGUUUGCCAACGGUUCCAGUUCCCAGACUCUUUCCAGUAUCCUCCACAGUUCUUUAAUGUCUUGUCUGGUGAAAGUUAUGGCAUGAUAUCUGUAGAUGAUUCCAAAAUAAGCAUCUUAGAUGUGAAGAACUGUAAACUAUGCUCCUUGAAAGCUGAAGGACCGGUCUGCCAAAAGUUUGUAGGCAUCAGUGGUAAAUAUGCAGUCUAUAUCUGUAGCCCUUCCAUGAUGUGUCGUAGUUACACUUGUGACCUUCAUGCCAGGCAUAUCUUGGUUGCCAUACGUGUAACUGAUGGUAAGAAAGUGGGCAAGGUCUACCUAUCUAAAACCCCCUCUGCUCUAACUCUUUCUGAGGAGUUGUGCGUGUAUGUUGGGUUUGAGGAUGGUUCUGUUGGGGUGUAUGCCAUCAAUGACGGAGAUGGGAAUGCCGUUUCCACGCCUAAAUGUGGGAGCACAGGACGGAUGUGUCCAUUUGAUGAACCUGAGGUUUGGUCGCCUUUAGCAAGCCCUAACAUUUCUUGGGAGGACUUCAAAUAAUAGUGAAAAGUGUAGAUGUCUUUCAGUAACAUUCUUUAAAUUAUGUAUUUCAAUUGCAUGAACAUUGCAUAUUUUUAUUAGGGUUGUCCUAAUCUGAUCUAUCAAUUUUUUAUUUUAUUUGGAUUUUUAAUUUUUAAUGUGCUCCAUCUGCAUUGAGUUUUUAGAAGAUAAAUAAAGAGUUGGGUUUAAUUUUACAGUGGAGCAUGAAAACAUCCCAUAAUAUCUAAAAAUAUAUAAAACCUGAAUAUUAUGUGUUAGCCUAAACAUUUUCUUGCUUAUGUUAAUUUUAUAACACUUUAAGUGGUGUAUAGGUUUUAAUUUAUUGUUUAUUGUACAAAUG